CAGACUUCAGGACUUACAUUUAUUCAUGUAUUAGAAUAUGCCCAUAUUGUAAUAUGUCAAUGACUUCAAAUUCGUCAUGAAGGAGAUUGAAAAACUAUCCCUGUUGGAUGACAUUACAGUAAAAGCAACUGAGCUGAAAAAUUUGAAUUAUCAAAGCUUGUGCAGUAUUGUUCAUAAUCAUAAACAACGUCGCAAGUUAUGGAAAAAAGAAAAGAGACGAAGAAAAAGAUUUCUUGCAUAUUUAGACAGAAAAUUAUGUGAAGAAACGUCUUCAAAUGAAUCGGAAGGAAUCGAAGAUAUUCCUAGCAGUAAUGAUAUGCCAGAUGGUCCACUGACGAAUCAUUCAAUUAUUUGUCAUCUGCGGCAGGGUGUUUCAGACAAUAUACCAGAUCCAAAUAAGCUAAAGGGAAUAUUACUCAAUACCACAUCACAGCCUCUGAUACAGAAUACCGAUUCCAUUGUAGAAAAUAUUGGCGUAUUAUCAGAAGGAGUGAAAACUCCCAAAGUAUGUGACAUAAAAAAUACCGUUUCAAUGCAAUUGUCCGAAUCGAACACUUCUCGGAAGGAGGAGCAAUGUUCUGAUAAUGUUUCAAACGUAUCGGAACAACCUGAGAAAAUAGUUAAUGGAGAAGAAUUGGAACGGCCGGAAAAUGAAAAGAAUGAAAUUAAUGAUCUUUUAUCUCUUUUAGAUGAUGAGGUAGAAAAAUGGCAGAAUCCCAUGGCUCCUGAUGAUGUUAAAGCACCAGCCAUAAUAGAACCUGAAAAUUCGUUGUUGGAAGAGAUAAAACCAAUAGAUGACAAUCGUCCUAUUUGUAAUUUCUUUUUAAAAGUUGGUGUAUGCCGCUUUGGAGAUAGAUGCAGCCGUAAGCAUCCUGAUAUUGACAUCUCCGACACAUUACUGUUCCCAAAUAUGUUUCAAACUUUCGCUUUUGAUAUGGAAGAAAGAAACCGAGUUCGACAUGAUGCAGGUGACAUCAUGCUUGAAUAUUCUGAACAAGAUUUGCAGGAAGAAUUUAUUGAUUUUUACGAAGAUAUCAAACCCGAAUUUGAUCAGGUUGGUAAAGUAUUGCAAUUGCUUGUUUGUAGCAAUCGAAGUAAGCAUAUUUGUGGUAAUGUUUACGUGCAAUAUGAAAAUAAAAACAUUGGAAAAAACUGUUUUGAUAAAAUGUUUGGAAGAUUUUAUAAUGGAAAACAAAUAUUCUGUAGAUUUGUGACAAUUUUAUCAUGGUCAAGUGCCAUAUGUGGAAUUCAUCAGAGAAGGGGUUCAUGUCAACGUGGGGGGCAAUGCAACUUCUUACAUGUGUUCAAAAUUGGUGAAAAACAAUUUUCACAUAGAAAUAGGCUUUCAAGGUAUAAUAACAAUCACAAUCGUACGUAUAUACCGUAUGGUAAGAGCAGGAAACAAAGUCAUUCUCAUGAUAAAGGAACAAGGAGACAUUUUUACAGUAGAAGUCGAUCUCGGUCAUAUUCUUCUGAAUCAGACAAAGAAGCAAAGCGUAGAAAAAGAAAAUAUUCCAAGGAUUCUAAUGACGAUAAAUAUCCUUCAACCAAACAUCAUCAUCGGCAACGUGAAUCAUCACCAGUGAGGAAAGAUGAUAAAAAGCGUUCAUCUUCAAGACGGAGAAAUUAUCAUAAUAGAAACACAAGGUCACCUGAUAAAAAUAAUGUCAAUAAUUAUAAUGCAAAAUCUUCUGUAAUUGAUAUUCAAAACCAUAACGAUUCUCACAAAUCACCUGAUAACAAGAUCAAGAAGUCACAUAAGAAAUCAAAAUCAAAACAUAAAAAGGCUAAAAAUAAAAAGAAGAAAUCAAAGAAAAAGAAAGAGCACAAAGACUCUGAUGAUGAAUAAACAGAGUUACAACUGAAAAGUGCUUGGAUUAUGUUAUCUGCCUAAUCAACUUCACGACAAUCAACAGAUAUUGGAUGCAGGCGCACCCAGUCAAUCUAAUUGUAAGUCUUUUAUUAUUAAAUCAUGAUCAUUUCUGUUUGUUUUUCUUCAAUUUUUUAGA